AUGGACCAGUUUUGGGCUGCUCCUCCUGUUACUAGAACACUCACUGCACUUACCUUUCUACAGUCUAUACUAGUACAUGGUGGCCUUCUCAGCGGUUACUAUGUACUGUUCCUUCGCCGCCUUAUCUUCAAGACACUACCAGAGAUAUGGAGGCUGUUCUCGCCGUUCAUGAUCACUGGACCAGGCCUUUCCCUGAUCUUUGAUCUCUACUUUAUGUUUACCUAUGGCAGCCGCCUGGAGACUGAAUCUCCCCGGUUCAGUGCACCUGGUGAUUUUUUCACUUAUGUGUUCUUCGUAGCAUCCAUCAUCAUGCUCACGGCAGGUUGUCUUUUGAAUAAUGUAAUUUUUACCUCCGCGUUGAUCCUGGCAUUCGUUUACACGUUUUCCCAAGACAACCGAGGAAGAAAGGCGAGCUUUUUCAUUGUCCAAAUACCCGUCGAGUUCUUGCCUUGGGCAAUGCUCACAUUAACGCUGGUCGUUUCCGGAUGGCCUGCGGCGUUGAGGGACGGCAUGGGCAUAGUUGCUGCCCACUUCUACGAUUUUCUUACCCGUAUAUAUCCAACUUUCGGAGGUGGUAAGAAUUACCUCGUCACUCCAGCGUUUGUGAGGCGGUUCUUUGCUGCCCGCACGCCGCGGGGCGAAGCUCGCGCUUUUGGGACCGCCUACCGUGCGACGGACCAAACACAGGGUUCUUCUGGAAGCUGGACUUCAUCCUUUCAGAGCCCUUGGAGCAGAAGAGGGCCAGGAAGAAGACUUGGUGGUGACUGA